GCGACCGCCGUUGAGUUAAUAUAUAAUUUAGGUGUGUGAUUAUUAUUAAUUAAUUAAACUUUCAGAAAAAAAAUUUUAAAGUGAAAUAGUACAUAAUUAAAAUAGUGUUAUAAGUUUCUUUUUUUUUGUAAAUUUUAAAGUAUUAAAUUGAAAUAAAAAUCUUCAAAAUGCCCGCUGGAGACAAUCAAAACGGAAAUUAUCACAAUGAUGAGGAUGACGAUAUUCGUGAGCCAGAACAUUUGAGAAAGUUAUUCAUUGGAGGGUUGGAUUAUAGAACAACUGAUGAUUCUUUGAAAGGACACUUUGAAAAAUGGGGUAAAAUUGUUGAUGUGGUAGUAAUGAAAGAUCCUAAGACAAAAAGAUCUCGUGGUUUUGGGUUUAUAACUUACUCCAGGGCAUAUAUGGUGGAUGAUGCCCAGAAAAAUCGGCCACAUAAGGUUGAUGGGAGAGUGGUUGAGCCAAAGCGUGCAGUUCCACGUCAAGACAUUAAUCGACCAGACGCAGGUGCAUCUGUUAAAAAAUUGUUUGUCGGCGGAUUAAAAGAUGAACAUUCAGAAGACGAUUUAAGGGAUUAUUUUGGGAAAUAUGGAAACAUUGUUUCUUGUGUGGUUGUAACAGACAAGGAUACUGGGAAAAAAAGAGGAUUUGGUUUUGUUGAAUUUGAUGAUUAUGAUCCAGUGGACAAAGCUGUUUUGCAAAAAAAUCACACUAUUAAAAACAAGCUACUUGAUGUUAAAAAAGCACUUUCCAAAUCUGACACCGAUGGAGGACGUGGAGGAGGUGGUGGCGGCAGCCGUGAUAUGAAUAGGGGAGGACCAAUGGGUGGUAGAGGCGGUGGUGGUGGUGGCCGUGGAAGUGGUGGAAGCCAAGGUUGGAAUAGUAGGGGUGGAAAUGAUUGGGGUAAUAAUAACGGAAAUUUCGGUGGUGGGGGCUAUAAUCAAGGAGGAGGAAAUAAUUGGAACGGUGGUGGUGGAGGUAAUAUGAAUCCAUGGGAUAGCGGAAAUAUGCAAGGAGGCGGCGGAGGCGGUGGCUGGAAUCAAAAUCAAGGGGGAAGUGGUUUUUGCGGUCCUAUGGGGGGCGGGGGAGGUGGUGGAAACCCUGGAAACAAUUGGGGCCCUAAUGAUUUUGGAUCAGGCUAUCAACAAGGAUAUGGUGGAGGUCCUCAAAGGAAUCAAAGUUUUGGCACUAAUCGUCCUGCCCCUUACAAUAUGGGUGGUGGUGGAUAUGGCAACAAAGGACCAGGUGGUCCCGGUAUGAAUCAAAGUGGCGGAGGUGGUGGAGGAUAUAAUCAAGGUUACAAUAGUGGUCCCGGAAACAUGGGAGGCGGAGGGGGAAAUCGCAGAUACUAAUUGUACUAAGCUCUGUUUAUGCGUGGUGGGAAACAACAUUCGUUCACGAAAUCUGGAUUAUAUUUCGCCGAAACUAAAGUUUAAUCUUACUAAUGGAAGAAUACAACAUUGUGGUAAGUGCACAUAAAAUUGAAGAUGUGUUCAUAAAUAAGGAAACGGUUACUUGCAAAUCAAUUGCAAAUAUUUUAGUUAUCACUUGUGUAUGCGUAUUUAUUUGUUUCUUUAUUUCGGUCACGUUUAGAUUCUUUAUCAAAGAUCUAGAAACGUAAUUUGGUUGUUUUUUUUUCUUCUGUUAUUAAUGAAAAAAUAGUAUAAAACAUUGAAAUAGCGUGAAGUAAAAUUUUACUUAUUAUUAAUAUCAAAAAGGGUAUAAUCGAAAAGUAAUCGAUGUAUAAUCAUGCAAAAAUGUCAAAAAUGCACUUCUUAUUAAAUCAGCUGUGCAUCAAUUUUUUUGCAAAGUUUUUUUUUAAAUGGAAGCUCAGAAGUUAAUAAUUUAUUAUUUUAACUCAAUAACUUGUAAAUUUAAUUAUUUCUUUAUGCGCGGUAUGAAUAUUUUUAAAUGUUCCAUUAUAUUAAAAUCACCAAAACUUAAUUGAAAUUAAAAAAAUUUUUUUAAUAGAUUUUCAGUUGUUAGUAAUUUUAAUAGUUUUACGCAAAACCUUUUCGAAAUAAACACAUCAUAUCGGUAGGUAUCAGCAAAUGUUUUUGCAAUUUUGCAAAUUGAUGCACAUUUUUCAUUACUUUCCGAUUAUACCCAAAGUUUUAGUUAAACAUAUAUGUAUGUAUAUCAACUUUAGUAGGGUUCCCAAUUUUCUAUGGACCACUCAAAAUUAGACAACCCGAAAUAAUUUAAAGAUAAAACUUGUUUCAUAUAAAAUCUUUCUAAUAGAAUUAAAUUCUAAUGAAUUAUUGAAAAAUAUUUUUCUGAAAUAUUUUGCAUUUGUAACUAAUAAAAGGAUAAUCAAUUUUUGAAUCUCUAACCAAUAUGAGAUAUAUAAUUUCUUUUUUAUUAUUCACACAUAUAAAAAAGAAAUUAAAAACUGGCAAAAAAUAGUUUAUAAAGUAUGAAAAAGCGUAAAUUGGAAUCUAUCAAAAAAUCAGUAGUAACAGGCUCAUAAUAUAUCAGUUACAUUUAUUAGAAGUGGUAAAGAGUUAUUAAUUAAAGUUAAGCUCGUUAGGAUUUACAUGACAUUAAAUAAUUUACGUUUUACUAAUUUUUUUAAUAUUUCACAAAAAUGCACUUUAUGAACACAUUUUAUAAAAAAUUUUAUUACAAGUAUUGAAUAUAAUUGAUGAAACGCGAUGGUUGACAGCAACAAAAUAUUAAGAAUUAUAUUUUGCGUGCUCUGAAUUUUUCUGGUUGAAGACAGAAUCUUCAAAAAUGAAUAAACUUUGUAAUUGUAAUUUUGACUUCCUUUUGUAUAAAAUUUAGUCAACUUUACAUUUACAAACUAUUUAAAUUAACCAUAAAAUUAAACACAAAAAAUACAUUGUAUAUUAUGUUAUAUAAUAUA